GUGACGCAGAGGCCGGGCGUGUGCGUGCGUGAGUCUGCGCGUGUGCGUGUUUGCAUAGUUUAGGUUUCUUUUUCCUGAGAGAGAGAGAGAGAGAGAGAGUCAUAAAGGAGAAGGACUGAUCCUGUCUUCUGUCAGUGACUCUAGAGGAGGAAUAAACUACAUCUCACUCUCGAGUUUCUUCAAUAUCUUGAUCUGAGUUCAGCAGGUGAUUACAGGGAGAGGUUAAAGAAUUGACUGACUGAGGAAGAGGAGGAGGAUGGCGGCGAGGAGGAGCGGUUAUAAAGAUGUGACAGGAGUGGUGUUCGACACGCACUCAAAAAUGGUGAUGUCUCAAGGAGGAACUUUUGAGAAGAUGAAGGAAAAGAUAAAUGCUGUGCGAGCCGUGGUUCCCAAUAAGAGCAAUAAUGAGAUCGCUCUGGUGCUGCAGCACUUCGAGAACUGCGUGGAUCGAGCGGUGCAGGCGUUUGUGGAAGGUAGUGCCGUGGAGAUCCUGAAGGAGUGGAAUGUCACUGGAAAAAAGAAGCCCAAGAAGAAAAAGAAGCCGAAAGCACAAACCGACGUUCCCGCAGACGCGACCCUUACCGAAUCGCCCGCAGAUGCUGAAUGUCAGGAAGCCGUCAAUGGUUUCCAUGCCAACGGUUCGGCAGCGGCCGACAUCGAAUCUCUGGAUUCUCUGAGCGAGCAGCUGGACUCCGUCUCCCUGGACGCAGCGGAGCUCGACUCGGAAACUGCCGUCCCUGAGGUUCCAGAGGUUCCAGAGGUUCCUGAGGUUCCAGAGGCCACAGGUGGAGAGGUGACGUCCACGUCGAGCCCCGGCACCAGUAACGGACCGCGGCACAACCAUCAGAGUUUCCGCAGUAACAAGUCUCACCCCAAGCCCGGUUCCAGCUCCCAGAAUCCCUCUAUGCCCAUUCCAUUCGAAGAUGCGUGGCGAGGUUCUGCUGCCAGAAAGAUCGGGCCUAACGUGGACCGCUCUGUGAAGGACCUGCAGCGCUGUGCGGCGUCACUGUCCCGCUACAGAGUCGUGGUGAAAGAUGAGAUGGACUCAUCCAUCAAGAGAAUGAAGCAGACGUUUGCUGAGCUGCAGAGCUGCCUCAUGGAUCGAGAGGUGGCGCUGCUCGCCGAGAUGGACAAAGUCAAAGCAGAAGCCAUGGCGAUUCUGGACGGGCGUCAGAAGAGAGCGGAGGCGCUGAAGAGACUGGCUGACCAAUCAGCGUCGCUGACUGAAGAACAGCUGACUGAACUACGAGCUGACAUUAAGCACUUCGUCAGCGAGCGCAAGUAUGACGAGGAUCUUGGUAAAGCUGUGAAAUUCUCCCAUGAUCUGGAGCCUCUGAAGUGCAGCAUCAUGUCGUUUGGAUCAGUGUAUCAUCCUCAGACGAGCUACUCCAGCCGUUCCCGCUGCAGCUCCACCUCUUCCUCCGUCACAGGCUCAGUUCCUGUCAAAGCUCCGCCUCCCUCUGAGCUCCAGCAUCAGGCCUCCACGUACACGGGCCGUCCCAGUGUGCCGCACAAACAGAUUUUCCAGGGCAACAGGCGCUUCAUUCACGGUUACCAGGGAAAUCAGCGAUAUAAUGGAAACGCCCAUCCCGAGCGAAACCCCGGCCGGAGCGGCUACCGUCAUCCGGGAGAGCGCAGUCAGCAGAGCGACCUCAACUCUCAGCCGGCCAAUAGCGCGAGAGGCUCCUCCCACUCCUCAGGCUAUCGCUCGGAUCGACCCGCCUACAACGGGCUUCCACAGAGGCAACCGCGGACCCACUGCCCGUGAUGAACACACACACACACGCGCACACACACACACACACACACACACACACACACACACACACACACACACAUCCGUCAGAUGAAGAGAAAGUCAAGUUUACAUCUGAGUUGAGCUGCGGCCCGACUUCUGCUCUUCAUUCUUCUGUCUUACUCUUCUUUUACACCUCCUGUCUGUCUGAUCUGAGUUCAGUGUUAGUCUCAGUAGUUCCUGUGAGUGUUUUCUCGUGGGCUUCCUCUUUCAUAUCGUCAGUGUCGAGGAAAAAGAUGGUUUUCCACAUACCAGAUGAUCAACACUAAGAUGGCAGGCCGAGUUUCAGUGGGCUGAGUGUAGUUUGAGUUGUUUGGAGAUGUUAGUCCGUAGUGACGCUCUCUUUCAUGCCUUCGGUCACGUUGAUCGAAGCCGACGCGUCACGUCCUCUGGUCUUCAUGCUCACGAUAUACCUCACUCGCCGCCUCAUUUCAUGCCGCGCCGUUCUUCCGCUCGCAACGUCAGCUUCCUUUGGCCUUCCUGAAAGACUCUCGUUGGAAAGAAUCAGAUUCGCAAGCGUCCGUGUGUUUGAUCAGGAUGCAGAACAGCUCGUCUGUCUGUCUGUCUGUCAGGAGGUCUGGAUUUCUAAUUCGGCCUCUCCGUCUCUCUUUUCUUUGGUUGCUUGAUGUUGUCAUGAGGAUGAUCAGCUCUUUUCAGCUCAAUCCUGUAUAUAUGUAAACUACAUGUAUAGUGUUUUUGUAGCCUCCGGCCAUGUAUGUAGUGCGACUUAUUAGUUCUCUGAAUGAACUCCGUUAUCAAGCGACUUAUGUUCUUCCUCACGUAUGGAGAAAGAGACUCGUUUUUGUUUUUCCAAAUGAUCCGAGACCGCUGUAAUCAAGUGCCUUCAGUCAUUCGCUUUCACCGUCCCGUUCCUUCUGCUCCGGUUCGGACCAAAGACAUCAGAUGCGUCGCCUGCUCCUGUCGUGCGAACACUCAUUGUCUUUCUUGCUAAUUGAUCUACUUGCUUUUCCUUUAUUAUAAAUAAAGAAGGAUUGGUAGCAAAUGCUUAAA